GCAGCCCGGGCGCGGCCGGGGGGUGGGGCGGGGGUGCCGAGAAAGCCCUUUCCCACCCGGCCGCUCGGCGCGGUCCCCUCUCCCCGCCCCGCCGCCUCCCGGGGCGCCGCCGCGGGCCCUUUAAGGGCCGAGAGGUGCGCGGUCUCUUUAAGGCAGGUCCUGGUGGUUUCUGUUUUCUGAAGGAAGUGACGGGGGGUGGGAUUGAAUGAAAAGUGCAAAACCGAGCCUCGGAGCGCCGGAGUCGGGGGCCGCGGGAGCCGCGGCGCUGGGCCGGUGGGCGGGGGUCCCGGGAGCGCCGCGUCCGCCUCGGAGCCGCCGGGGGCGCGCGGCUGAGCGCAGCCCACGUGCGUCCGCGCCCCCCGAGGGGCCGCUCCCGGGCGCCCCGAACUAGCCUCCAACUUCGGGCGAAGUUUGGCAGCGCCGGUCCCCGCCCGCGCGCGGCGCGCCCGCCCCCGGGGAUGCGCCCGCCCGGCCGCCGCGGGGUCCCCCCGGCGCCCGCGGCGCUGCUGCUCCUGCCGCUGCUCGUGCCGCUGCUGGGCGCCUCCCCGGGGCCGGGCGCGCCGGCCGAGCUGCGGGUCCGCGUGCGGCUGCCCGACGGCCAGGUGGCCGAGGAGAGCCUGCAGGCGGACAGCGAGGCCGACAGCAUCAGCCUGGAGCUGCGCAAGCCCGACGGCACCCUCAUCUCCUUCACCGCCGACUUCAGGAGGGAUGUGAAGAUCUUCCGGACCCUGAUCCUAGGGGAGCUGGAGAAGGGGCAGAGUCAGUUCCAGGCCCUCUGCUUUGUCACCCGGCUGUACCACAAUGAGAUCAUCCCCAGUGAGGCCAUGGCCAAGCUUCGGCAGAAAAACCCACGGGCAGUGCGGCAGGCCGAGGAGGUGCGGGGCCUGGAGCAGCUGCACAUGGACGUCGCUGUCAACUUCAGCCAGGGGGCCCUGCUGAGCCCCCAUCUCCGCAACGUGUGUGCCGAGGCCGCAGAUACCAUCUACACCCGCCAGGAGGAUGUCCGGUUCUGGCUGGAGCAAGGUGUGGACAGCUCUGUGUUCGAGGCUCUGCCCAAGGCCUCAGAGCAGGUGCUGCUGCCUCGCUGUGUGCAGGCGGGGGACCGCGGGAAGCCCUGCGUCUGCCGCUACGGCCUGAGCCUGGCCUGGUACCCGUGCGUGCUCAAGUACUGCCACAGCCGCGACCGGCCGGCACCCUACAAGUGCGGCAUCCGCAGCUGCCAGAAGAAGUACAGCUUCGAUUUCUACGUGCCCCAGAGGCAGCUGUGCCUCUGGGAUGAGGGCCCCUAGCCCGGCUGCGGCCGCUGAAGCAGCUGCCUGGGGCCCGCAGCACCUCCGCCAGCCACUGGUGGGGGUGGCAUCCCCCAUCUAGGCCGUAUUUCCCUCCCCUUCCCUCCCCGCGACCCCGCAGCCUCUGGGCCACCGCUCGUGACUGUGCAAAGGGGUGUGGUAUGGGAGGGCUCCCACCCUGUGCCUUCCUGGAGAGAGAGAGACGGCGCUUCUCCAGACUCGCACCCCUCCCUUCAUUUCCCCCGAAGUGCUUCUUUCAAGCAACCAAAACGUGAUGGCCUGUGAUUCCCCUCUUUAAUCAACUCUCCUACGGUUUAGCCCCUAAAUGGUGUCUAAGCCCGUUAACGGCCCCCCAACACCUUCAGAUGCCCUGCCCCACGUGGGUCACUGCCCCAGAGAACUGGGGCGGAUGCCACAGCCCCUGCACCAGCCCAUGAUGCAUUCUCCUCACUGCUGGCCUCUGAGGCCACCCACGGGCCAGUGGGGCCCUCCCAGCCCC